UCACAGCAAAACAAAUUAAGAGGAUUUGGAGAGCUAGCUAUAGCUAGGAAAAAGAGAAAUGGGUCACCAUUCUUGCUGCAAUCAACAGAAGGUAAAGAGGGGGCUUUGGUCCCCUGAGGAAGACGAAAAGCUCAUCAGAUACAUCACCACCUAUGGCUAUGGUUGUUGGAGUGAAGUCCCUGAGAAAGCUGGGCUACAAAGAUGCGGCAAAAGCUGCCGCCUGAGGUGGAUCAACUACUUGAGACCCGAUAUCAGAAGAGGAAGGUUCACCCCAGAGGAGGAGAAACUGAUUAUCAACCUUCAUGGGGUUGUAGGCAAUAGAUGGGCUCAUAUUGCAAGUCACUUGCCUGGAAGAACAGACAAUGAGAUAAAGAAUUACUGGAAUUCGUGGAUCAAAAAGAAGAUAAGGAAGCCGUCGGCACCUCUAGCAUCAUCUAUAACAAACACUGAGCAUUCCCAAUUGGGCUACGGUUCGAGCCAACUGGACAUGGUGAAUCAAGAUUUGAUGAUGAAGCAGCCUGCUCAAGAAACCCUAUUUUCUUCUCCUGCUCCUCUAUUUAUGUUCGACACUGGUUCACUAGACUUGAUCGGGGAUGGCAAUGGACGAACGGAGCUUUUCCAGGAAGUGGCAGGCUUGAGUUCAGAAACAUGGCAGCUGAACCAGCAUCAAGUUGAAGCACUACCUCCUCCAGCAUCUUAUUCAGUUGGCAUGGAUACGAAUUAUUUGCCUCCAUUGGUAGAGAACAUAGAGAACAUGGUGCCCAUGCAGGUGCAAUCUUGUAGCAUCGACGAGGAGGGAGAGAUAGCACUGGAGUGCUUACAGAGGCAGGAGUUGAAUGACUGGGUUGAAUCCCAACAGUGCCCAAGCUUUCUAUUCUGGGAUCAAGUUGAAGGACACCUUGGAGGAGAAGAGAUUGCACCACCUUCAUCCAACAUGGGAGCUGUGUUAUCGUCUUACUCGACAUCUCUAUAAGAUAUUGGAAGAUGGUGAACACUGAUCUCAUCCCCAACUUCUCUAGGAAAAGGGCUUAAAAUGGUGGAGGUUACUGAAAAGAGUUUGUUUCUUCUAGUGUCUUCCCCCCCUUUUUUUUUCUUUUAACUAUUGGUGAGGUAAUUAUGAAAUUGUGAGGAUAUACAACAUAAGCAUUCAUGCAAUGUUUUCUUGGUUUUUUUUUUGGGAAACAGAAGAGAAAAAAGAAUAAGAGCAAGCUCACAGCCUGAAAAGGAGGGAGAUGAUGAGAUAAUUUGCUCUUUCACUGUUUGUCAUGGUGUUGAUUGAUAGUAAUGGUUUUGCUUUUUUUCAC